AUGGCCUCCCAGUACGCUGCUAACGACGAGAACCGCGUGAUGGAUGGGAAACGGGCCGGCAGCAAGAACGCCGCCGCGGCUAUCGCACUGGAGCUCGGCGCGAUGAAGCUUCGAUCCGGCCAUGUCCUCCCACCCCCGCGACGGGCUUUCGGCACGCUCACCAACAGCAUGGCCUCCAAGGCCGCCGCUGGCGGAAAGUUCGAGAAGAAGGCCGAGCCUGUCCGCCAACGCGCUGCUCCCGCCGCCAAGGUCCCUGGUCGCGCCUCCGUUGUUGUGCCCAAGUCGCAACCCGCCGCCAAGUCCGCUCAGACCUCCAGCGCCGUCAGCGUCGUCACCGUCUCACCUGACGUGGAGGAAGUGAUUCCGGGUGACGUGGAUAUCGAAGAGCCGCGCCACGUGCACACCAUGACCGCCGAGCUGACGGCUGUAAGCGAGGAAGCGAGCGUCCUCUCCACGAUCACCACGAUAAACGCCGCCGCUGUCGCCGCCGCGUCCGUUAAGAGGGAAGCGUGGUGGGACAUCGACGCUGCCGACAAGAGCAACCCUCUUGCUGAGACGACUUAUGUCGCGGAUAUCUACAACUUCUACAGGCGGACGGAAACGGAAGGCAUGGUGGCUCCCGAUUACAUGAACCGUCAGAGCGACAUCAACGGCACGAUGCGCGCGAUUCUCGUCGACUGGCUCAUCGAGGUCCACCUCAAGUUCAAGCUCAUGCCGGAGACGCUUUUCCUCGCUAUAAGCGUCAUCGAUAGGUACCUGGCGGUGACGCCGAUUCCCCGCCGUAACCUGCAGCUGGUGGGGAUCACGGCGAUGCUGAUCGCGUCUAAGUACUCGAGUUAUCGCUAA